GUACAUAGUGGUCAGGAUCAAAACCUGCGUUUCAGAAGGGGUAUAACAACCUCGAAGCUCCCAGACACUAGCCAAUGUCUAACGGUUGAGGGCUUGCAGGAAAUGUACCUGGGAGCAGAUUAUCCCAUAAUGUCAAGUGCAGGGAUUCUUGUACCUUCCUGUGAAGAAGCUGGUAAUGGCCACGGUUGGAGACAGUAAAUUGGAUUAGGUGAACCAGUGGUCUGAUCAAGUGUGUCAUUUCCCAUGGUUUAUGUUUUCUUUCAUCUUUUGUUUAUAGUAUUUCUUCUUAGGGGUUCCUGGUAACAAGAUUCAAAAUCAUACUGCAGAAAGGAACUAUUGAAGAAUGCUGAGGUCUGUCAAAAAAGCAUUACCUAGAAGUGAACAAGCAGAUGAGACAAACUACUUAGCAAAUUUAGCUGUACAGAGAAAUGCAAGUGCCUUCUUUGACAAAUUUGACCGAAGUGAGUUACAGGAAUUACUCACCACUGCCUCUUGUAGCUGGCUAGCUUCUAAAGAUGACCUACGCCAGCCGUUAGAACUUCCCAAUGGACUUAUGGGCCAGCUAAAAAACAUAAGUUUCCCAUCUGCAAUUUUGCUAGCACCUGUGGUGCCAGAUGUACCUUUAGACUGUAAAGAAAUCCAUCAGAUUGUGAGGGAAUUGGCUGUAGGACUUUAUUGUUUAAACCAAGUUCCUUCCAUCAGCUUAGAUGCCAAUUAUGAUCACAGCACUUCUUGUCAGCUUCCUCCAGCUUACUUUGACACCAGAAUUGGACAAAUGUUGAUCAGUGUUGACUACAUGUUAAAAGCGCUGUGGCAUGGUGUGUAUAUGCCCAAAGAGAAACGUGCCAGAUUCUCUGAAUUGUGGCGCUCCAGCAUGGAUAUUGAUAUGGAUGGGAAUCCACAAACAGAAAAAAAUAUUUUUUCAGAGUUUUGUUCAGCGGGUCUAGUUGACAUUUCCAAUGAACCAGGUUUUGAAGGAAUCUAUGAUGAAAACAUGAAUGAAGAUCCAACUUAUGAUCCUAACAGUGCUCAAGAAAAAAAUCUCUUUAUGCAGUAUGCAGACAGUAUACUACUUAAGUUGACAUUUGGUACUAUACAAGUUCAGCAGCAUGAAAAUGUGUGUAAAUUUGAUGCAGUAUAUGAGCUUUCUAAUGUGAUAAGAUUGACUGAAGAUUACCUUGACACAGACACAUACCAAAGGUUGCAGCAGAGACUAACUCUUCAGCAAAAACUUGUGAAAAAGCACUUAGAGAAAAAGGCAGAAAUACGUAAGAAUAUUGAAUAUCUAAAAAUAUUGAGCUUUCUGAUUCCAUUUUUACUUGGCUUAAAAAAAAAGAUGAAAGUUCCAAAUUUAAAUCAACUUCUUCAGCCAUAUUCAGAUGAUAAAGUUAAGACUGAACGAGAAUUGCCUCCAUUUGUGCUUGGUCCAGAUUUUAAAUGCCAGCAUUUUCAUUAUGUAAAGAAUGAGUACUUUCAUGUCCAUGGAGGAAUUGAAUUUGAUAUUGGUACACCUUCUGUUGAAGAUGUUUCAGAAGAGAUUAAGGCUGCCUUUAAUGACAUACAGAAUUGUGCAUCAAACCACAUAGCCCAGUUGUUAGACCCGGAUAUACCAUAUAGAGAACAUUACCCCAUACCAACUAUGGAAUUUGAUGGAAAGAAAUACUAUGUGAUCGCCAUUGAAUUGGAAACUUUUUAUCAGCAGCUAUAUAAAACCCCAUGGUGGGUUGCUAUAAAUGAAAUAAUAAGCACACUCAAGCCUAAAAGGCUUCCAUUAACUGAUAUCCAGUCACUGGAGCAAUUCAAGAAAAGAUUUGGUUAUAAGAAAGCUAUUAAAUGCAAGAGUUUACCUUAUGGUAUGAAGUCUGCUGCUGAAAGAGGACUAGCUGCUAUCUUCCAUACUUUUUGUCGUAAAACAUCUACUUCCAGUCUCAGUGUUGUAGAUGAAUAUGGUUAUGCUCUUCUCCAUCAUGCUUCUAUACACAACCGUGUGCCAAUUAUCUAUCAGAUGAUUAAAUCUCAUUUGAAUAUCAAUCAGAGGCGCAAUGUUCACUAUAACCCAGGAAGACGUUCACAGAAGGGUGAGACUAAAGGGGACAGAGCUGGAAAAUCAAAUAUGCAGGAAAGGGAGAGCUCUGGGGAAAAAACUGCUUUAGGUCCUACUGCUUUACACCUGGCAUCUCAGUGUGGAUCCAUUGAAGCACUUAAUUGUCUUCUGGCCUUUAAGGCAGAUUAUAAAUUAACUGAUGAUCGAGGAUGGAUGGCUAUACAUUUUGCUGCAUUCUAUGACAACAUUUCCUGUAUCAAGGUUCUCUGUAGAAAAGAUCCAGAUCUUCUAGAGACUGAAACAACAGCUAAAUAUCAUUCUACUCCUCUACUGCUUGCUGCCACAUCUGGAGCAUUAGACACUCUUCAGUAUUUGUUUUCUCUUGGUGCUAACUGGAAGAAAACUGACAGUGAAGGAAAUAAUAUAAUCCAUUUAGCAGUACUGUACUUCCACACAGAAAUUCUUAAGCAUUUAAUAGUGCUAGAUAAUCCAGAUCUUCCAGUUUGGAAUACUCUUGUAGAGAUGUUACAGUGUGAAGACCCUUCAAGGACAGAAAUGGCAGUUAGGUCCUUGGAAGUUCUCUGUUUAGCAGAAGAUUUCUACUGGAAAUGCAUUUUGGAUUCAGGUGCUAUCCCCUCUUUAAUCAAUCUGUUGAAAGGCCAUCACAUAAAGCAGCUAUGUAUAACAUCAGGGGUGCUGAGUAACAUUUCACCACACAUUGCCAUUUCUAAAGCUUUAGUAGAAGCAGGAGGCAUUUCAGUAUUAAUUGAGUUGUUGGGUUCUGGUGAACCUGAACUGCAGUCUCGUUGUGCUGUUAUCCUAUAUGAUAUUGCCCAGUUCAACGAUAAUCAAAAUGUCAUUACUGAACUGGGUGGAAUCCCUCCUUUGGUAAAUCUUUUGAAAAUUAAAAUACAGGAUUUGUUAGUUAAUGUAAUAAAUUGUAUCCGGGUGUUAUGCAUCCAGAACAAACACAAUCAAAGUGCGGUGAAGGACCAUCAUGGUAUUCCAGCACUUGUUGAGUUUCUAACUUCAGAAUCAGAUGUGCUACAGGCUAUAUCUGCAGCAGCUCUUGCAGAACUUGCUCGGGGGAAUGAGAUGAUGCAGGAUGCUAUUGCAAAUGCAGAUGCAAUUGGUCCUCUGGUUGAGCUUCUUCGUGGAAGGAAAGUCAGUGUGCAGGUGAAAGGUGCUAUGGCUAUUGAAAUGCUAUCAGAAAACAACAGUUCUAUACAGAAAGAGUUUCUGGAAAGAUCAGUAACAAAAGAUCUUUUAAAGCUCUUCAAGGCAUUUCACUUGACAGUUAAGGAACAAGGUGCUACAACUUUGUGGGCACUGGCAGGACAAACACUGAAGCAGCAAAAAUUGAUGGCAGAACAGAUUGGGUACAACUUUAUUAUUGAUAUGCUUUUGUCACCAUCUGAUAAAAUGCAGUAUGUUGGAGGUGAAGCAGUAAUAGCACUUAGCAAAGACAGCAGGCUUCAUCAAAAUCAAAUAUGUGAAGGGAAUGGAAUUGGCCCUUUGGUUCGAUUGCUGAGAAGCACAAAGAUAGCAGAGGGCACGCUCCUGAGUGUCAUCAGAGCCUUGGGGACCAUUUGUAUUGGUGUGGCUCAUACAAAUAAUCCAGUCAGCCAGGAAAACAUAGUGGAGGAACAGGCCUUACCAAUAUUGGUUCACCUGCUUAAAAAUCAUAAUUCUCUUCAGAUAAAGGUUGAAGUUGCAUAUUCCUUGGCUUGCAUUGUUUUAAGAAACAGCAAAUUACAGACUGUCUUACAAGAGGAGGAGGGUUUUGAUUAUCGUGAUGUUCUUGAACUUCUUAAUGCACCUGAUAAGGAUAUUCGUUUACGAGCUGGAUAUGCUUUAGCCCUUUUUGCAUACAACAAUCCUGUCCAACAAUUCCUGAUGUUGGAGACCGGCGCAAUUACACUGUCCACCUUUGAUCCUUUUCUGUUCUCAGAAAUUGAGACUGAUAAAGCACUGGCUGCAUUUCAGAUUGUUGUUUUAGCCAGAGUCAUAGUGGAUGUGGACCAAGUUACUUUGUCUGCAAGAGGUAUUGCUAUUUUAGUUGGACUACUGAAUUCUAAAAAGACAGCUACUCUUGUUCUAACAGGGAAGUUAUUGGCUAGCCUGGCUCAUACAAGAGCAGGUAUUCCAGAAGCAAUUACAGAGCUAGGAACUGUCCAACAGCUUUGUUAUCAUUUGUACUCAGAUAAAGAAGAGAUUCGUAUAGCUGCAGCUGGUGCUCUUGGAUACUUAACAUUUAAUGGUGUUGCUUAUCGCCAGCUGUUAGUGGAAUGCAGAAACAAACCCAAGCAGUUCACACGUCUAAUGAAUAAUCUCAGUAGGGAUGCAAAAAUAAGCCAGAAAUUUGUAAAAGAAUUCCAAAGGCAAAGAGAAGUUGGGCUGCCUUCUUUAAGUUUGAUGAUAAAUGGAGGACCACCUACAGUUCCAACCUAUGCUAAAGAGAGAUCACAAAGUAGUAGUGGUAGAAGACAGUUCAAAUCUAAAUUUCGUGCAAAGGACUCUCUUCUUUUAAUGCCUAUAUCUGCUCAUUUAAUGGGAAAACUCAGAACUACAGACAAACCCCGUGGCCAGACCACUGGACUUCGUUCAUUUGCACAUGCAACUUCAGACAUCACAGAAAUUUCAAGACCAAGAAUUUUUGAUGUCAGCAAGCUCCAGCUUAUCUCAUUAGUAAAACAAGCUUGAGUCCAGUGCCAACAAUGUAGCAGAUAAGUACUUAUAUCCAUGCAAUAUUGUGGAGAUUUGUAAACAGUCUUUCAAAACUAAAUUUCUUGAUGCCUAAUUUUGGAAACCUAAACUGUUUAAAAAAAGAGAGCUAUGUGUGGAGCUAUGGAGGCAGUCUGAGAAUAAUUAAAUUUGCUGCAGUAGUAAAGAAUAAAUGCACUGAAAAUACAUUUCAAAAUCAUGACUCACAGGCAUCAGUAUAGGCUAUUGUGUGCAGUUUGUUUUAUAUUUGGGUGAAAUUAAGUUCUGUUUUUAAUCAUACAGUGCCUUCUGUUAACAGAUACAAGAGCUGCAAAAUAGCUGCUACAAAAUACUUGCAUCUUCUAUAUUCAGAUAUUGUGCAGAGUUCUAAGAUCAGUCGACUAGUAUAGCCAAAAUCUUGAAGUGCUAUGAAAAUUUGCCUCUUUUAAACUAUUGUUCUGUAUUACAAAAGGAUAAUUGAGUAUAUAGUUAAUAUUAACUAAGACUGAUACCUUUGGAAAACACUCUGUUGAAGAGCUGUAGGUAAGUUCAAAAAUGUAACUACUACACUAUUAAAUUAUUCCUAUUUUACACAUGGAAAAACUGAAGCACAGAAUUCCCAGGUCAUGCAAGUGGUCAGUGGCAUAUGAGAAUAGAACAAAUCUCCUAACUUCCAGCUCCCUGUUCUACCUAUGAAAUAGCACAGUUGCCCUUAUGGAUGCUUACAUUGGUCAGAUGUGUUAGUAAGAGCAGACUAGAAAAUACAAACAUUUCAAUAAUAGCAUGAACAAUAAUUCCCAAAACAGAUGUGUUAUAAGUUGAAAAUUUCAAGUUCAUUUAGAGACUUUUGGUGUAAAAAGUUGGAUUGAAAAAUAGGCCAUAAACUGUACAUAAUGUCCAAACAAGUAUUUUUGAAUAUGACAAAGCUUUUUUUAUGCUUCAAAACACAAAAGCUAACAAAUAGCAGUUUGCGAUUGUACUGUGGAAAAGUGAAUACCUGCAAUGACUCUUACUUUGAUAUAUGAGAAAGUAAGUUAAGAGGAUACCAAAGUGCUUUGUAAAUUGAUUUAUAAAAAUACAUUUCUACUGAAGUGCAGUGACUGCUAUCCAAUUAUUUAGAGGAAGAGAAAGACAUCAGAUGCCUCUUAAAAUACAGGAGUUUAUAUCUGCCCACAUUUCAGUUUUGCUAUGAUAAUCACGUUAGUCCCACAGACUUACAAAAGGUGGCAUGGGAUCUCUGACUGACCAAGUAUUGCAAACCUUAUUUUUAUAUCAUAUUCAAAAGAUAGCACCUUUAGAAAGCCAGUGUUAUUUAAGUCCAAAAUAAACCACUGAUUCAGUGACAGCUGGGGCCAGAUUGUCUCUAAUCCUUGCACGAUGCACAUAAGUGGGGAGGAUGGAAAAACACUUCCUUUAAUUUGCUCAAGGAGGUAGGGCUAUGACACCAGCAUGAUAAACUGUCUCCCUAAUGAAAGGGGAUCA